AUGGCCGCUCCAAAGAAUUACCAGAGACGCGGCAAGCUUGUCCUGCUGUACACUCUAUUGGGCACGCUCUGGGAAAUCGGGAGAGGACAGAUCCACUAUUCGGUGCCAGAAGAGAGCGACAAAGGAUCCUUUGUGGGUAAUAUCUCAAAGGACCUGAAUCUGGAGUCACAAGAGCUGGUGAAGCACGGAGUCCGCGUCGUCUCUAGAGGUAGGACACAGCUCUUUGCUCUGGAUUGGAGAACUGGUAGCUUGAUCACGGCGGGCAGGAUAGACCGGGAGGAGAUCUGCACUCAGAGCACACAGUGUCUAGUAAAUAUCAAUAUCCUGGUUGAGGGCAGAGGAAAACUUUUUGGGAUAGAAAUAGAAAUCACUGAUAUCAAUGAUAAUAAUCCAAAAUUCACGCAAACUUCCUUUGAGCUGCAAAUAAGUGAGUCUACGGUGCCAGGCACACGGUUUAUAUUAGAAGCAGCGGAAGAUGCCGAUAUUGGCUUAAACUCUCUGCGGAUUUAUAAACUCUCUCUUAGCCCUAGUUUCUCAUUGAUAAAUAAAGAGAAACAAGAUGGUAGUAAAUACCCAGAAUUGGCGUUGGAGAAACGUUUAGACCGGGAACAACAGAGUUACCAUCGUUUAGUUCUGACUGCCAUGGAUGGCGGAGAUCCCCCACUAAGCGGCACCACUGAGCUCCGUAUCCAGGUCACUGAUGCCAAUGAUAACCCCCCUGUAUUCAACCAGGACAUGUACAGAGUAAGCCUUCCAGAAAACGUGCCCCCAGGCACCACAGUGCUGCAAGUAUCAGCCACUGACCAAGAUGAAGGCAUCAACUCGGAAAUCACUUAUUCUUUCUACAGGACUGGGCAAGUCUUCAGUUUGAAUUCAAAGAGCGGGGAAAUUACAACUCUAAGAAUGCUGGAUUUCGAAGAAAUCAAGGAAUAUUCUAUAGUGGUGGAAGCGAGGGAUGGUGGAGGACUGGCUGCACAAUGUACAGUUGAAAUUAAUAUUCAAGAUGAAAAUGACAACAGCCCAGAAAUUACAUUCCAUUCUCUAGUCGAAAUGAUUCUGGAAAACGCAGCGCCAGGAACGCUAAUUGCUUUGAUCAAAAUAUACGAUCAAGAUUCCGGGGAGAAUGGGGAGGUUAAUUGUCGAUUAGAGGGUGAAGUUCCUUUUCAGAUAAUCUCUUCAUCAAAAAAUUCAUAUAAAUUGGUAAUAGAUGGGACUCUGGACCGAGAACAGACCCCAGAGUACAAUGUCACCAUCAGAGCCACCGACAGGGGAAAGCCGCCCCUCUCAGCUAGCAAAAGUGUCACUUUGAUCAUCACUGAUACCAACGACAACGCUCCGGUUUUCCCCCAGGCCUCCUACAUGGUUCACGUGAUGGAGAACAACCCUCCUGGAGCCUCCAUCGCCCAAGUCAGCGCCUCCGACCCCGACCUGGGACCCAACGGCCACGUCUCCUACUCCAUCGUGGCCAGCGACCUGGAGCCACGGGCGCUGGCGUCCUACGUGUCCGUGAGCGCGCAGAGCGGCAGCGGCGUGGUGUUCGCGCAGCGCGCCUUCGACCACGAGCAGCUGCGCGCCUUCGAGCUGACGGUGCAGGCCCGCGACCAGGGCUCGCCCGCGCUCAGCGCCAACGUGAGCCUGCGCGUGUUGGUGGGCGACCUGAGCAACGACAACGCGCCUAGGGUGCCGUACCCGGCGCUGGGGCCCGACGGCUCGGCGCUCUUCGACACGGUGCCGCGCGCCGCGCAGCCCGGCUACCUGGUCACCAAGGUGGUGGCGGUGGACGCCGACUCGGGACACAAUGCGUGGCUGUCGUACCACGUGCUGCAGGCCAGCGAGCCCGGACUCUUCAGCAUGGGGCUGCGCACGGGCGAGGUGCGCACUGCGCGUGCUUUGGGCGACAGGGACGCGGCCCGCCAGCGCCUGCUGGUCGCCGUGCGGGACGGGGGACAGCCGCCCCUCUCUGCCACCGCCACGCUGCACCUGGUUUUCGCCGACAGCCUCCAAGAAGUACUGCCGGAUGUCAGCGACCGUCCGGAGCCCUCUGACCCCCAGGCCGAGCUGCAGUUUUACCUGGUGGUGGCUUUGGCCUUGAUCUCGGUGCUCUUCCUCCUUGCGGUGAUUCUGGCGGUGGCCCUGCGCCUGCGCCGCUCCCCCAGCCCCGCUGCCUGGGGCUGCUUUCAGCCUGGUCUUUGUGUCAAGUCUGGACCUGUGGUUCCUCCUAACUACAGUGAGGGGACUUUGCCUUAUUCCUACAAUUUGUGCGUUGCCCAAACCGGAAAGGCAGAGUUUAACUUCCUAAAAUGUAAUGAGCUCUUGCAUUCCACUCAAGACAUAGUUUGCGGUGAUUCGUCUGGGGCCUUAAUUCCACUUCAGGGUGGGCAUGAUUUGACUGCACAUCCUGAGAUGCUCACACCGAGAAACGCAGCCAGUGCUCAAUCCAGAUUCUCAGGGCUCCGACUACGCGAAGCUCCUCAGUUCCUACAAACCGGCUCCAGGGUUGCAGUGAAACUCACUCCAGAAUUUGAGGUGCGUAGGCUACAGAGGCUCCCAGCAGCCAGAGAAAGAAAAAGGAGUCGUUAA